AUGGAACGGGUGAUUGUGGGCAUGCAGGACCCAGACAUGGGGGUUAAGAUGAGGAAUCAGCGCCUGCUCAUCACAGUGAUUCCUCAUGCCAUGACGGGCAACGAUAUUGUGGAGUGGCUUAUCCAGAAGUACUCCAUCUCAGAGGAAGAGUCUCUACACCUGGGGAAUCUCAUUGUGAAACAUGGCUACAUCUAUCCCCUGAAGGACCCUCGAUGCCUUGUGCUCCGAGCAGAUGAUUCCCCUUACAGGUUCCAGACACCCUAUUUCUGGAUGAGCACUAAGUGGCCAGCUGCUGAACUGGAUUAUGCUAUCUAUUUGGCCAAGAAGAAUAUUCGGAAACAAGGGGACCUGAUUGACCAUGAAAAGGAUUAUUAUAACCAGCUGCAUAAGAAGAUCAACCACACAUGGGACUUUGUAGUGAUGCAGGCCCGGGAGCAGCUGAGAGCAGCCAAGCAGCGCCGGAAAGGGGACAGAAUUGUCAUUGAGUGCCAGGAGCAGACUUACUGGCUGGUGAAUCGGCCCCCGCCAGGAGCCCUGAAUGUGAUGGAACAGGGACCAGAGCGGGGCAACUGCUAUACCUCCAGGGUGCAGAUGACUAAAAAUAUGGAUUUUUAUAAACGAGAGAUUGAGUACUGUAAGAAGGCGAUGAGUAGGACGAGGGUGAAGUCUUCUAUCUGCCUGGAAGCGUACCUCAAGUUCAAUGAUCAGUACAUGCCCCAUGACCCCAUCAUGUCUGGCUGCCUGCCCAGUAACCCUUGGAUCACUGAUGACACAGACUACUGGUCAAUGAAUGCACCCACGGUGACAACACCUACUAAGCUUCGAGUAGAGCGCUGGGCCUUUAACUUCCGAGAGCUCCUGGGGGAUCCUCUGGGCCACAUACAGUUCAUGGAGUUCCUCAAGAAGGAGUUCAGUGCUGAGAACCUGAGUUUCUGGGAAGCGUGCGAGGACUUGCGCUACGGAGAACAGUCCAAGAUCGCAGAGAGCGUCGACUCUGUCUACCAACAGUUUCUUGCCCCUGGAGCCACACGUUGGGUCAAUAUUGACAGCAAGACCAUGGAGAAGACGCUGGAAGGCAUUCGCAGGCCCCAUCGCUAUGUCAUGGAUGAUGCCCAGAUGCAUAUCUACAUGCUCAUGAAAAAGGAUUCCUAUCCCAGGUUCUUAAAAUCUGACAUGUAUAAGACACUGCUGGCAGAGGCUGUGAUUCCACCCGAAACUAAGAAACGAGUGUUCCCAUUCAUGAGGAAGCAGCGGCACUCCAGUCCUAGCCCAGCCCUCUUCCUGCCCUCGGGAGAACAGGAGCCCAAAGGGGACGACAAGGGCAAGGCCCUGGCUCCUGGCACCUCUGCUGGGGAAGGGGAAGGCUAGGCAACCCAGGCGUCCCUUCCCCUCUCUGCUGCUGCUCCUCCUUUUCCUCUGGUUGGCCGCCUGGACUCGAUCAUUGGAGAGGGCAGGGGGCACAAAGAGAAAAGAGCUUCUUGAACUGAGAUGGCUGUGAGGACACCCCUCUUCUCCCUCCUUAUCCCCACCAUGGCCAGCGGCUUUAAGGAGAGGUCACCUCCCCCAACUCUUUAGCCCUAAUUCGGAGUCAGUCUUUGGGAGAGGAAGCAUGGUGCGGUGGCAAGAACAAGGGGCUACCAGUAAGGAGACUCAUGUUCUAGUUUUAGCUCUGUUGCUCCUUGGCAGGUAUAUUAGGCAAGUCACUGUCUGAUCCUCAAUUUCCUUACCUGUUCAAGUUAGACUCUAAAGGGCUUGGACUAGAGGAUCUCUAAGGAUUCUCUCCCAGCCCUAAAAUUCCAUUAUUCAUUCGAUGCCCCAUUCAGCCAACCCUUGGGUGACUUUGGAAACUGGCUCUUUCACAACAAGCUCCGUUAGAAACUUCCUGGGGCUGUAGGCGAGUCGUUAUUUUUAAGCCUCUUUUGGGGACAGCUCAUCAAGGAGCAGCUGUUAUCCACCUUCAGGUCUCCAGGAGCUCUGGAUAGCCAGGUGUGCAUAGGCCCAAACACGCAGGAAGCACGCUUCCGUUUCCUCUUCUUCCUUCCCACGGCAGAUUCUUUUAGUUCCGAGGGAUAGCCAAAAGGGUAAGUCUGUUCCAUUGGACCCUCCAGGGUAGAGCAGGAACCCUGAGUUUGCUGGGAGGAAAAAACAGAGCAAAGCGUCCUGCUUCCCCAAUAUCAAAAAUGAGAACGAAGCCACUAAAUUCCAAUUGGCCCCCGAAUCAAAAGAAUUUUGGAUUUGAAAAGGAACUCCCAAGCCAUCUGGCCUAACCAUAUCUGAAUGAGAUUCUGCUCUACUUCUCCAAAAACUGUUUAUGUGACUGUUGGCUGAAUGUGGUUAGAAGACAGAACUCCUUCCUUCCUGGAGUCCGUUUUAUUUCUGGAGACCUCUGAUUUUUAGGGCACCUCAAAUACUGAAAACUAUCACGUCCCACAUCGAGCCUUCUCCAGGCUAAACAUCCCCAGUUCUUUCACCUCAUCACGCCACAUGCCCUGAUCUUGAGACCCUUCACCAUAAAAGCUGCCCUCUUCUGGAUACUCUCCAAAAUAUGCUAUUCAGAAUCAAACUUUGAUAUUCCAAGUCAUUGUCUGACCAGGGAAAGAAUCUACCAUCCCCACAGCGAACACCGUCCUUCUUUCAGUGCUGCCAUAUCAUACUGCUGACUUGUUAAGCUCAGUCCACCAAGAUCCCUAGAUCUUUUUCAGAUCAACUUUUGUCCAGUCACUGCAUCACUAUCUUGCACUUAGGAAGUUUUCUAAACCCCAAUGUGAGGUUUUACAUUUAUCUCUUAUUAAGUUUUGUCAGAUUAGAUUUGGCUCAAUAAUCUAGCAUGUCAGAACCUUUUUUGGAUACUGAUAUUAUGAUCCAACAUGUUAGCUAUCUUGUUCGCUUUUUAAAAGGAAAGCCAAAAUAGCGUUGGCUACUCUGCUUUUUGGCAAAGAGAGCACGCUAGCGUGUGUCUGUAUAAUUGGCAUCCUGUCACUAUUGUACCAUGCCUCUCUGCCAGGCCUGUGAUGUUUCCUAAAUUUUUCAUUUCCUUUCUGUCCAGAAAAGAUACUGCAAUGACAAUAUCAGUUCUGUUCCUGUUUCUGUUGAUCUUUAUGCAAAUGUUCUCCACCAUGUUUUCUUCCUCAAAUUCCUGGAUUUUUAAAAAUAGAUUUAUCUCAAUAUAUAAUGCCACUCCCUAACCCACCCCCACUCCACUUCCCUAAUCCACCCUGUUGCUCUUGAAUCUUUCCUAAGGCAGUCAUGGAUCUUAUCUUAUCUAUGAGUCUCGGAACAACCCAACGGCCAAAUUUUGCUUCCUGGUAUUGUUAUUACCAACCUUGUCUAGGUUCAAAAAUGACCUGAUGUCCAAAAACAUAGGUGUCUAAGCCUGUGGAUUUUCAUUGCGAAUUCCUUUUUUGUGGGGUUUGCCUCAUGAAUUUCUGAGUAUCUCUACUGUGCUGUUACAGUAAUGAGGUGGUUUUCUUCUUUUCCUUUUUUUUUAUUUAAAUCUCUUUUGAUUAAUUUUUAUUUUUAAAUAUUUUUCCAUAUUUCCAUGAUUCAUCUUUCCUUCCCCUCUCCAGAGCUGAUGAGCCAUUCCACUGGGUUGUACAAAUGUUUAAAUCUCUGAGAGGGGGCAGCAUGAGGGAGUGAAAAGCUGUCAAACAUGGAUCCCCGCUGCCCAACAUAUCUCCAAACCAAAUUGGGAAGUAUUUAACAAAAUAAAAAUACAAUAAAACAUCGAUAACAUAAAGGUGGUUUUCUAAGGGAGAAGGCAGCCAGAAGGCCCCGUUUCUAUUUGAAUUGGACACUGCUGGUAGAGUGGAUAGAACAGACCUCGGAUUCACUUUCUACCUCUGACACCUGCCAGCUGCGUCCUCCUGCUAACUCA